CGUAUGCAAGAAAACGUCCCAUCACUGUAGUCGUAAUUUGCAGCUAGCAAUCCUAGCUAGCUAGUUAUCCGAAGAUGGCGGCUUGUAGACGUGUUCCUCGUCUCCUGCUUUUGAUGUCUAUCCUUUUGUAUGUGCAUCCCAUUCGAGAGGAUAAAUAUCAGAUCAAUGGAGUCGCCAAGCCUCCAGUUAGUGUUGUUAUCCCGGCUCAAAAUCCAGGCGUAGUACCGGCUGCUGUGAACGGAGCUCCAGUACUCGCGGCCCUGCCACUUCGUAGACGCACUAGCGGCUGGAAGCUGGCCGAAGAGGGGGCUUGUCGGGAGGACUUGACAAGGCUUUGUCCGAAACAUUCCUGGAACAAUAACCUGGCUGUGCUUGAGUGCCUCCAGGAUAGGAAAGAGGAAACGGAGAUUGCUGCUGACUGCAACCAUCUCCUUUGGAACUACAAACUGAACCUGACUACCGACCCCAAGUUUGAGUCUGUGGCUGUGGAGGUGUGCAAGACCACCAUCACCGAUAUAAAAGAAUGUGCAGCGGAGGAGAGAGGGAAGGGCUACCUGGUGUCCUGCCUGGUGGAUCACCGCGGUAACAUCACAGAGUACCAGUGCAACCAGUACAUCGUCAAGAUGACCAGCAUUGUGUUCAGCGACUACCGCCUCAUCUGUGGCUUCAUGGACAAAUGUCGCGAGGAUAUCAACACCCUGCACUGUGGCAGCAUCUCCACUGGCGAGAAGGACGUGCACUCCCAAGGUGAGGUGAUAGCGUGCCUGGAGAAGGGUCUGGUCAGGGAGGCAGAGGAGCAGCCCGGGGCCCACGCCAUCGGGGCCAACUGUAAGAAGGCCAUCAUGCGCGUGGCCGAACUUUCCUCAGACGACUUCCACCUGGACCGAUACCUAUACUUCUCCUGCCGGGAGGACCGCGAGCGCUUCUGUGAAAAUACUCCAGCUGGAGAGGGCAGAGUUUACAAGUGUCUCUUCAACCACAAAUUUGAGGAGGCCAUGUCUGAAAAGUGUAGAGAUGCUCUGACCACUCGUCAGAAGCUGAUUGCCCAGGACUACAAGGUGAGCUACUCCCUGGCCAAGGCCUGCAAGACGGACCUGAGGAAGUACCGCUGCAGUGCGGACACCAACAUGCCCCGCGCCCGCGAGGCACGCCUCUCCUACCUGCUACUCUGUCUCGAGUCUGCCGUACACAGAGGUCGUACAGUGAGCGGGGAAUGUCAGGGGGAGAUGUUGGACUACAGGAGGAUGUUGAUGGAGGACUUCUCUCUGAGCCCUGAGAUUGUGCUGCAUUGCCGUGGGGAGAUCGAGGCCCACUGCUCCGGACUCCACCGCAAGGGACGCACCCUGCACUGUUUGAUGAGGGUAGGCCGAGGAGACCUGGGCGCCAUCGACAACCUCUGCCAGAAAGCUCUCCAGACUUUGAUCCAGGAGGCCGACCCUGGGGCAGACUACCGUAUCGACCGGGCCCUAAACGAGGCCUGUGAGUCUGUCAUCCAGACAGCCUGCAAACACAUCCGCAACGGAGACCCGAUGAUCCUGUCGUGUCUGAUGGAGCACCUGUAUACAGACAAGAUGGUGGAGGACUGUGAACACAGGCUGCUGGAGCUGCAGUACUUCAUAGCACGGGAUUGGAAACUGGACCCCAUCUUGUAUAAGAAGUGCCAGGGCGACGCCUCCCGCCUGUGUCACACCCACGGCUGGAACGAGACCAGCGAGAUGAUGCCACCCGGCGCCAUCUUCUCCUGUCUGUACCGCCACGCGUACCGCACAGAGGAGCAGGGACGGCGGGGGAAUGCAGUGGAACAAACAGGAGAACAAGGUUACAUUCUGUCUCGGGACUGUAAAGUGGAGGUGCAGCGUAUCCUCCACCAGAGGGCGCUGGAUGUGAAGCUGGACCCGGAGCUGCAGAGGCGCUGUAUGACCGACCUGGGGAAGUGGUGCAGUGAGAAGGCAGAGUCUGGACAGGAGCUGGACUGUCUACAGGACCACCUAGAAGACCUGGUGUCAGAGUGCAAAGAUGUGGUGGGCAACCUGACUGAACUGGAGUCUGAGGACAUUCAGAUUGAGACCCUGCUGAUGCGAGCCUGUGAGCCAGUCAUCCAGUCCUACUGUCACGAGGUGGCAGAUAACCAGAUCGACACGGGGGAUCUGAUGGAGUGUCUGGUGCAGAACAAACACCAGAAGGAGAUGAACGACAAGUGUGCCGUGGGCGUCACACACUUCCAGCUGGUCCAAAUUAAAGACUUCCGUUUCUCCUACAAGUUUAAGAUGGCCUGCAAAGAGGACGUGCUCAAGCUCUGCCCCAACAUCAAGAAGAAGGUGGAUGUAGUGCUCUGUCUGAGCACCACGGUGAGGAACGACACUCUGCAGGACAUGAAGGAGCAGCGUGUGUCUGUCAAGUGUCGUAAGCAGCUGAGGGUGGAGGAGCUGGAGAUGUCUGAGGAUAUCCGUCUGGAGCCUGAGCUCUACGACUCCUGUAAGCAGGACAUCGGGCGGCUGUGCCAGAACGUGGCCUUUGGAAACGCACAGGUGAUCGAGUGUCUGAAGGAGAACAAGAAGCAGCUGACCCAACGCUGUCACCACAAGGUGUUUAAGCUGCAGGAGGUAGAGAUGAUGGACUCGGAGCUCGACUACCAACUCAUGAGGGUCUGCAAGCCGAUGAUCCGGCGGUUCUGCACUGAGGCUGAUGCCAAGAACAUGCUGCAGUGCCUGAAGCAGAACAAGAACAGCGAGCUGAUGGACCCCAAGUGUAAACAGAUGAUCACCAAGAGACAGAUCACACAGAACACGGACUACAGGUUGAACCCGGUGCUGAGGAAGUCGUGUAAGGCUGACAUCCCGAAGUUCUGCCAGAGCAUCCUGAACAAGGCUACAGGGGACAGCGAGCUAGAGGGACAGGUCGUCUCCUGCCUCAAACUCAAAUACGCCGACCAGCGUCUGUCUCCUGACUGUGAGGAUCAGAUCAGGGUUAUCCUGCAAGAGUCAGCUCUGGACUACAGACUGGACCCUCAGCUGCAACUGCACUGCACUGACGAGAUCUCUCGGCUGUGUCCCGAGGAGGCUGCGGCCCAGGAACAGACUGGUCAAGUAGAGGAGUGUCUCAAAGUCAACCUGCUCAAGAUCAAAGUGGAGGGCUGCAAGAAGGAGGUGUUGAACAUACUAAAGGAGAGUAAGGCAGACAUCUUUGUGGACCCUGUCCUCCACACGGCGUGCGCUCUGGACAUCAAACACCACUGUGCUGCCAUCCCGCCAGGACGAGGGCGCCAGAUGUCCUGUCUAAUGGAGGCCCUGCAGGACAAGAGGGUGCGUCUGCAGCCAGAGUGUAAGAAGAGACUGCAGGACCGCAUCGACAUGUGGAGCUACGCUGCCAAGGUGGCCCCGGCCGAAGGAUUCUCAGACCUGGCCAUGCAGGUGAUGACCUCACCCUCCAAGAACUACAUCCUGGCUAUGAUUGGCCUGGGCGUGUGCGUUCUCUUUCUGUUCGGCCUGCUGUGCGGCCGCAUCACCAAGCGAGUAAUGCAGGAGCAGAAGAACAGGUAGAGAGGGGGGCCUCAGAGGGUCCCAACAGCAAAAAAAUACCUGGACAGGGCCCUCCCUCAGCAUAGCCCCAACUGCCCCCACCUCAGCCUGACUCCAUGUACAAACCAUCUUCCCCUACUUUCUCUCCCCCUCUUUUAUCCCCCCCAAGCCUCCACGUCACUCCCUAAGACUGGGCUCUAUGGGGGAGCCAUUCAAGCUUCCCUGUCAUCAUCGCUAUGUUGUCGGAGGGCCACUUUGGGGCCUGGCCUACAUUACCCAAACUCCCCUAUGGUGGUUGGUCUCCCAGUUUCACUGGUGUGAGAGCCCACAUGCCCCAACUGUGAGACCGACACAUAACCCCUCCAACCCCAUUCCAGUUUCUGACUGAUGAAAGCCAAGUCUUCACGUUAUGUUCUACAGGAGACGUCUAGAAGGACGAUGCCGCCACAUUUUAGUCCUCUAUCGCUCCACUGCUAACCAGCUAACGCUAACAGACCUGUACCGCCUGGCUAGGCCAGCCUGCAAGGCCAUAAGCAUUAUUUAUUGAUUUGGAUUCUGCUUUUGGUUUCUUUUGCAGUGUUUUGUUUUUUUUCUGCCUCAUUUAGAUGCAAUAUUUCUUUUUCUUUUAAGAAAUGUUGCAUUUGUGGGGGGUUGGUGGGUCAGAAGGGGAGGUGGGUUCUCAGUAAGCAUGAAGAGUUAUUAUGUGAGAAAGAACCUCUCCUUACUUACGGCCUGCCUGGGAGGCUUUCAAUGAUUUCAGUACUGAUACUAUUAGCGUGUGUGUGUGUGUGUGUGUGUGUGUGUUUGUCUGAGGGUCUGACAGUUGUGAAAGAGGAGUAAUAACGCUGUUUUUCUAUUAUAUUUUUGUUCUUCUGAGAGGACGAGGUGGUUGACAGACUUCAGGUUGCCGAUGGGUAUUAGAGUCACUGAUUUGCCAUGGGACUGCCAGGUGUGGCGUUGAACUGUCCUCCACUGACUGAGCCUCAUGGGAGAGGAGUCCUGUAGCCUACAUUGUAUUAUAUCAGUCUUACUCUCCUUAAAGCUGAUGAUCAUUAUAUUGAUUACUCUGUUUGUGAUUAUGCUGAUAGACCUGGCAGUGUAUCAUAGAUGGCUCCAGUGGCAAAGGAUGGAUCCCUGCUUAGAUAGUACAGUCUGAAGCGGUACUCCAGGCACUCCAUGCUUGGCCCGUGGUAGGGGUUAGCAUGAUGCUAACUUAGUGGGUGGAAAUGGUAGAGAAGCGGUCUGCAUCAAACAGACUGGCGUUCACACACAUUUCUCUCAAGGUACUCUGUUAGCAGUGAGCAUUUGACAGAGAGCUGGGUCUAACUUGUCCUGAGUGGACACAACACUGAUGGAUGCAGAAAGAUAAGUCUCCUUUUGAAAACUGUCUUCUAACAAGUUCUCAUCUGGUUUUCAAGUAGUGAAACCUGUAGGGUAGCAGGUUUAAACCAUUGGGUAUUGGUAUUGAAGAAUGGUUGGUGGUACAAAAGGCCAAGAAGAAUGGGAAGAGAAGAAAAAAAAGAGAAAAAAAGAUACAAUACAGAUUAAUGCUGAGAGAUGUGAAGA